AUGUUGGAACUCAGACUUCAAGCAUCGAUCCUCAAGAAAAUUGUGGUUUUCAUCCACAAUAUGAAUAAUGGCCGCCACAACCAUUGCUCGGCAACCGAGCUCGUCGAUAUCUUGAAAAGGACAACCGAGUAUUUCGAUUGCAUCCCAACCGAGAUCUUCCUCCAAGCCUUGGAUCCCAGCAAUAAAUCUCUGGUGGACUUGCGGCUCAGACCUGACGCCUUCAAGCACUACCGCUGCGAUCCGCCCAUCUCCCUUGAAAUCGUCCCUAAAAACAUGGCCGACAUCCUCGACUUCGCCGCAAACGAAAACGGACGUUGUCAAAGUGACACUAGUUUUUACUAUGCCAUGAAGCAAGAGAAUAGAAGCAGGUGUAAUUUUGGUGUGGAUGACAAGGCUGAAGAAGGAGAAGAAGUAACAGUUAUAGAAAUGAUCAUGAAAGAGCCGGUUUCGGUGGAAUAUGAGCUGAACUACUUUGAGAUGUUUACAGAAGUGAGCCCAGUGUCAGACAUAGUUAAGAUUAACUUGUGCGCGGAGUUUCCAGUUAUGGUGGAGUACAAGAUUGCAAAGAGGAGUUGGUUUAGGUUCUACUUGGCUCCUAUACCCAAGGACGAGGACGGACCAACAGAGCCACGGAGGGCGUCCCCGGCCAGAUAG